UCCUGAUCCGCAAGGCAUCACCUCUUGCUGCCUGCUGCCUUGUAGGCCCAAGGCUGAUGUAACUUGUUCGUGUUAUCAUCCGUGUUCUUCCUGAUCCGCAAGGCAAUCACCUCUUGCUGCAAGACAGUUUCACAAUUUGUGUAGUGUCUGCCAUCUUCCAAGCCCAUAAUUCCGAUGCAUACCGUCGGUUUUACCGUCCGGGGUCAUCCAUAUCAUGAGGUUGAGAUGUCCAUCCUGGACCAUUGAGAAUAAGGCUCCCAAUUCGGGUCUCCCCCUUAUUCUCUGCCAAAAUGGAGACUCGCAUCCAGGUUACAGCUCGGGUUCCACCACAAUAAAUCACUACAUCGUGGUUCGGGCGAGCUGCAUAGCCAAUGCAAGAUUUUAAGACCAGAGUCCCGAUCCCCCGCUCGGUCACCCUAUGCUUUCGGAUGCCGCCCGGUUCGUCCUACUCAAGAUCUUUUACACCAUCUCCCAAGCUGAGUCCGGGCUUGGUUAACCUGCAUCUUUUUUUUUGUGCUGAGAUGGUGGCUCCCCAUGGAUCGAGACAAGUGGUAUCUAUCGAUCGAGGUGAGACUUUAUGGAAUGUGAAGAUGCCUCCUAAGCAAAUAAUGUCGUGCCGUGGGGCUGAUCAUGAUAUGAGGAACAUCAAUAAAUCCAAGGGUCUUGCGAGCGCCCUCUGCUCAAGGACAGCGGCAGCAACUGCGGCAGCGGUCCACAAAAUGUAGCCAUGCUGAAAGUCAAGCAAUGGUCCUCAUCCGCGCAGUGCGGGGACGAGGCCGCUUUUCAAAGAUGAUAAACACGUAGUGCCGACAGGCCGAUCGUGAUAUGAUGAUGUCGGCAAUGAGAAGCCAACCUGAAAAUCAAGCAACGGUCCUUAUCCAUGCAGUGCGGGGACGAGGCCGGUCUUCAAAUAUGAUAAUGGCACCGUACCAGAGGGUCGGUGGCCAUGUAAUGAGGUCGCCACUGGGGGCUGAUCGGAAAGGAACAAGCAACGGUCCUUAUCUGCGUAGUGCGGGGACAAGGCCGGUCUUCAAAUAUGAUAAUGGCACCGUACCAGAGGGUCGGUGGCCAUGUAAUGAGGUUGCCACUGGGGGCUGAUCGGAAAGGAACAAGCAACGGUCCUUAUCUGCGCAGUGCGGGGACAAGGCCGGUCUUCAAAUAUGAUAAUGGCACCGUACCAGAGGGUCGGUGGCCAUGUAAUGAUGUCGACGCUGGGGGCCGAUCAAAAACAAAUAAUCAACGGCCCAUCGCCGCAAGGAGCGGAGAUGAAGCCGAUCUUCCAAAUGAUCAUCACGCCGAGCCAGGAAGAUCAGUCGUGGUGAAAGGAAAGUCAGCGCCGGGAGGCCGAUCUGUAAAUCCGAGGGUCUUACAGGCGCCCUCAGCCCAUAAUGUUGCUCUAGGUGCCGAACGGCGGAGGCCGGAUUGCCAGUCAGGUAGCGUAAUCUGAAAGCUCGUGUAUCGUACAGUCCAUAGGACUUCCCUUCAUGUGUUGUGGCAUCUAUACAUUUGUAGUCUCUUCUUUUCUCAAUCGUCCAUGAUUCCUUCUACACACUAGUAACCUUUUUCUUUUUCUUCUUUUUUUUUUUCUUUUUUUUUCUUUUUUUUUUGUCCGAAUCACGAAUAUCUCUGCGUUUCACAAUCUCCCCGUCCGAACUGGUCGAACGGCUCUAAAUGUAAAUAUUCCUUCUUUUUGUUGCCAAUCAUGAGCGUCUCUGCGCGUCAUGUCGAACGUCAUGAACAUCUCUGUGCGUCAUGAUCUCCCUGUUCGGGCUACCCGAACGGCUUUGAAUAAAUGUGAUUCUUUUCUUGUUGCCGGGCAUGAACGUCUAUGCGCUUCAUGAUCUCCCCGUUCGAGACUAUCGAACAAAUUUCACUGCACAAUAAGCAUGGUGAUACGGCCGAACGGCCGGACAACAUAUACAAGUAUAUACAAUUUUACACAUGUAUAACAUUUCCCUUUUAUUUUUAUUUUUCAUCCAUGACUAUCGGCCGAAGCAGUAAUGAUAACCCUUGGCCUAGAUUCCGAUCUAUUAGAGUCCACGACUCGAAACACCUAGUGUUUUGUUGGGUAUUCAAGUACGUAUUUCGCCCCGUACUGGGUAUAGUUGCCGUUCAGGCACUUCAUGCCAAUCGGGACUGUUGAGGUUUAUUCCCGAACGAUCCGAAAGCCCAACACAAGCCUUGGAUAUUGUAGGGAUCUUGGGUAAGGUUGAAAUGUGUGUAAAAUAUAAAAUAGUGAAAUGGUAUCCAACUCAAGAACUUACUUUUAUUUAGUAAUUAAGCAAUUACACUGAAAGUACCCGAACGGUAGCUGAAUAUGAGAUUACAAGGAUGGGAGAUGUAAAUCUAUCGUUAAGUUCUGAGUAUUUUUUAUCCCCUCCUCUUACAAUGAUCUAAACAUGGAUAUUUAUACUGAAAUGGGGAUGGGUAAGGUGGACACGUGGUGGAAUCUAGUAGGCUAUCACCUCUGCCAUGUAAGCACCCAUGCCCCCACUUGCUGCCGCCAUGAUCCAGCAUUAAAUGCGGCCUCCACUUGAUGGUUGCCCGUUCGGGCAGGGUGUUCGGUGUGUGGGACCCCGUCAUAGGUGUUAUCCUGCUUAGGAACACAUCCCGAACGCCGAUCGGUAUCUCCGCCAUAGGUGAUUUGGCAUAAUUGUUUCCUGGAAUGUUCCAAGUAUAACUUUUAUCCCGAAUGCCGUUCGAGAGUUCUUUUGGACUGCCUUGGGCCCGCUGUUUCUUCCUGGAUUCGGGCCUAGGGAUAUUGGGCCUGGACCCAAUAUCCCAACACUAGUCCCCCACUUCCUAUGUUUCGAACGGUAGUGAGAGCAUAAGGAAGUAGAAGAUUAUUGCCCGAAUGCUGUUCGGGUGAGUAUCGGAUGGCAUUCCGCCGGUUCCCGAGGCAAAUUUUGACGGUUAUUUGCAACCGUCGUUUCACUUCUCCGAUAAACGCCAUGAUUACCUGAGAAGCAUUCUCUGUGUGACACGUGUCUCUGAUAUCAUUACGAAAAACGUGUCCUCUUCUGAUUGGCAGCUGAAUCGGCGUGACAGAGUAUAAAUAGGCUCUUCUGGGUUUGAUUCUGGGUUUCGAAACUUUGCAUCUUCGGCUUAGUACUCUGCCUUCUCUCUAGAGCUUCUUCCGCUGCCUCUGUUCAGGUAUCCUUCGAACUUCCUCCUACUGUUUAGUUCCCUCGUUCGGUGAGAAUGGCACCCCUUCGUUCAUCUGAACCCUCUACUUCCGGUACCGCCAUCCCAGAGGAAAACCCCAACGAUGUGCUGCGAGUCGUCCCUAUUCCGGCGGAAGUUGACGGUGAUGAUUCCUCUUCCUCCGACGUUUACCCUGAUGGCACCAAAUCGGGGGAUGAAUUGGAAGUUAUGAAAGCCGGUCCUCCAAGCGGCGCUUCCUGCCAUAAGCUUGACCUAGCCCUGAUUAGGCUUAGGCGCCAAAAGCUCACGGCCCAGAACCGGGCCCAAAUCCAGAUGUUACUUCCUGAUUCGGUGAACUUCCGCCUCCAAUCGGGGCUCCACCCAAUGCGCCACUUCCCAGGGAUGGUCGUGGUCCAUUUUGAUUCCCUUAAGGCCGGCCUUAGGUUCCCCCUUCACCCCUUCUUCGUUUCCCUCUUAAAUUAUUAUAAUAUAGUGUCAGCCCAAAUAAUGCCGAACUCCUACCGGGCAAUGGCUGGUUUUAUUUGUCAUUGUGUGGAAGCUAAGGUGACCCCUUCCUUAGAUCUGUUUCACUAUUUUUUCUCGAUCAUCCCACAACAAGCCCAGGGUUAUCUAGUCGCGAGUUCCCGAUCAGGUCAUAUUUUGUUCUCCAAGGCUCCCUCCUCCAUCAAGGAAUGGAAAGAUCGGUUCUUUUUUGUAUCUGUCCCAACCGGCCUGAUCCCAAGAAAGUGGAACGCCUUUCCGCCAAAGUCCCCCGAACCGUUCAUCUCUGAAGACCUUAGCCAGGAUAUCAUUGCUGUGGAGGCGGGUGGUUGCUUCCAGAUUAUGCCAUAUCUGACUCCCGAACGGCUUAUUAAAGCUGGGAUAGGUACUGCCCGUAUUCCUGGACUUACUUGACUGAAAACCAAGUACCAUGGCCCGGGCGGUCCUUCCUGUGUGAUAUAAUUUUUUAAUCCACGUGUGAACCGCUCGGUACUAAUUUGUUCCUUUGUCUUUUCAGCUCCAAAGCAAGGCGAAUCCUCAGAUUCCGAAGGAGACAACCCCGAACCACCGGCAAUGGAUGACAGCAGGCUUUUUACCGUUGGUUUUGACGAUGAGCCACCAACCUCUCCUCCCAAGCAGCAGAGGAAGACAAAGAGGAAGAGGUUGAGGAAGGCCGAUCAGGGGACAUCCUCCCAAUCCGCCCCCGUCGUCCCCGAGCAGUCUGAACCUGUUCGGGAUGUAGAACCUGUGCAGCAGGUUGCCCCUGAACAGCAAUCUUCACAUGCUGAUAUGCUGAUGGAUCAGCUCUUCUCUGAUCAGCAGCCUCACCACUUUUCUGCUGAGGAAUUGGCCGCCAACCAGGCUGAUUUGGCGAGCCAGUUUGAGCAGAUCUCCCUUCAAGAUCCCGCUCAUGGAAUGCUGGAAAGGGGAGGCUGUCCAGCAAGCCAGAUUUGGUCCACAUCGGGCUUCCUCAAUGGGCAUAACCUUCCUCCGAUGCCGGUCGAGGAGGCCGAAGAGUGUAUUGCCUUGGCUGCCCUGAAGGUAACUUCUUAUCACCUUUCUUUUUUCGGUUGUUCAUUAAUUUACCAGGUUCUCAUUUCUUAUUUGUACUCGAUCAAUAGGUAGGGAUCUACAGCCUGAAACUCAGAGAGGCCAGGCAGGCCAAGGAACAAGGGCUGCUGAUGGCCAAGGAGACGGCUGAACAGGCAUCAGAGGCCGAACGCCGGGCUUUUGCCGAGGAGCGGAGGAAGCUAGAAGCUGAGGCUGGGGAGCUUCGUGUCAAGGUGGGCUCUCUCCAGGCCAAGAUCGCGGCAGCUGAGGCCGCUCAGGUCAAGUUUUCUGAGGCCCCUCCUCAAAUACCGGACGGCCCGGCUGAAAUGUUAGUUGAUCUAUCUGCCGUUCGGGAUCAAUUCAAAGCUUCCGAGGAGUUUCUGGCUCUAAAGGAAGAAUACGCCACCGAACAGCUCCCUGCUGUUUUCGGAAGGCACCUGGAGAAACUGGCCGGGGAAGAGCGCCAGAAGGAGGGGGUCAGGGUGCUUGACCAGCACCCGAUCACCAAAGAGUGGGCCGAUAAUCUUGCCCGGGGAGUCUACAAUUCAGGUUGUCAACACAUGCUCCAGCCUCUCCUCCCCCUCCUAGAAAAACAGAUGGGCCGUUCGGUGCAGCCCUCUGACUUGCCCUCUGACCUCCAUCCGGGUCAUCUGAACGCCCUGAUGGCACAAAUGAAAAAAUGCCGGCGAGCCCUGGGGAUGGAGGUCGUGCAGGUUGUUGACGAGGAAGCUGACGAAGACGAUGAUGAAGAGGGUGAGGACCAUCCCGAACAAAUAGAUUAGACCUCCAUCUGUACCCCUUUUUUCUUUGAAUUAGUAUUUUUUGUACUUUCCGGCCAGUAGAGCCGAUGAAUACACCACUUGUUUUGCAACUUCUGUCUUUGUAAUUUCUUUUCCUGUACUCCAUACUUGUUUUCUCACCCAUCAAUUUGCCUUUGUAAUACAUUUCCUGUUGCUUUCUUCCUGUUGACUCCAUAGUUUAUAGCGAUCAGAUUUGCCGGUUUGCGUCACCCCUUCGCUAAGUCCAGAAUUUAGGAUUUUAAUAUUGAUCGACCUGUUUAUUCGAUAUCAUUCAUAAUGAACUCCAUAGUUCAUUAUGGAGUAUAAACUAUGUUGCUUCCUGUUUUUUUUUUUUUUUUUUUUUUCAAUCGUAGAGGUUCGUGAACUUUGUUGAUUUCAACCCGUUCGGGUGUUCUCCUUGUUAAAUCUAGAACUCAGGAUUCGAUAAUCUUGUUAACACAUGUUGCGUAUAAUGAACCGUUCAGUCUGCAUCUGCCAUAUUCUUCCAUGUUAGAUAACCAUACUGUUCGGGUACGCCCAUCAUUUUAUCACAAUGCUGAAUUUUCUUCUCGUUCGGGGAAACGUUUGUAGCCCUUUUUUCUUAUCCUGUCCGGGGAAACGCUUUAAGAGGUUCGUGAAUUUUGCUGAUCUCAACCCCGUUCGGGUGUUCACUCACCCCAAAGGGUGCUUUAACUUCCUUCAACCGCCUUGACACGUGUCUAUUAUUCAUUCGAAUUCCCGGCGGUUGUAUUUCCUUAUAUAAGGAUGCAGCCAUUUUGUUUCAGUUUUUUCUGCUGCUUCCGAAUUCUCUCAAGCUUUCUCUCUCUAGAACUUUCUCCGUUAUUCAUAAUUAAUGUCUACCUUUUCUGGUUCGUCAGACUCCGAAGAUAUGGCACCUACUUUGAUUCGCCUUUCGAGGGGAAAAGCUCACCCCAAAGAUCAAGGCACAUCUACCCGAUCGUUGGGCUCUAACGGGUCUUCCGCCUCACUUCAUCCCGAACAGCCCCUCCCUGAUGAUGGAUGUCAGUCGGGAGAUGACCUAGCCAUCUAUAACAAGGGCAUGCCUGAACGGCCCCCCCCGUUAUAGUUUGAACUUCCACUGCAUCAGGAAGCAACGUUAACGCCUUCCUGCUGAUGCAGAACAGACACUCCGCCAAUUACUUCCCCCACCCCGUCAGUUCAAUGCGGGGUUCAUCAAACAUCCCAUGCGACACCGUCCGGGAUGUGUGGUUGUGCACAUGGAUGCUUUGGCCGCUGGUUUGAGGUUCCCUUUGCACCCGUUCGUAGUGGAGUUCCUCCGCCGGGUGUCAGUACUGCCGGCACAGUUCGUGCCCAGCACCUACAGGAUCCUGAAUGGAUUCAUUGUUUGGUGCCAUGAGUUGGGGAUUGCCCCUAGCGCCGAUCUCUUCUUGCACUGCUAUGGCGUUCAGCCCUAUUGGACCACCGGGUACCUGCGGCUUGUAGCCCGUCCUGGCCGUUCGCUCUUCACUGAUAACCCCACCCCUCCGGAAAGAUGGGAGGAAAGAUUUGUGUUCGUACACGUGGGGUCGCCGCUUCCUUUCCCUGAUCGGUGGAACACCUACCCCGUUCAGGAUGCCUCCCCAAGGGUGGAUGCAACUAUCGUCUGCCAGUACGAAAGGCUCCGUCUGGCCGGUUCCAAGAACCUGCGGUCCUUCUCGACUCCUGCUAAGAUGCUAGCUGCUGGCAUUGGUAUGUUCCUUCCCUUAUUUUGUCCGUUCGGUGUAUUUGUCAAUCUCUUAUUCAUUUCCCUUUGUUCUUUCCUGUAGGUGUGAUUCCCCCCGUCUCCAUAAAGCGUCCUGCUCCUACUCCUUCUACCGCCAUAGUCAGCAAGGGAAGGGAGAAGGCUAUUCAGCCAGGUUCUUCCGCCGGCCGGGAAUCUGGGCCCGUUAGCAAGCGGCCAAGGAUUGAGAGCAGGGCCUUGGUCCCGGUCGAUCAUGUCAUUGAUCUGACGGACCCUUCUGUGGAGAGGAUGCCACCGGUCCCCUCCCCUUCAAGGAAGCUGGGCAACAGGGGAGGUGUUGCCUCAGAUAGUCUUCCGAUCCCCGAUCGGUUGACGGUGGAGUUUUCCGCCAUGGGCCCCCGAGCCGAAUGCCGGACGCUGUUCGGGCAGACUGCAUCCUCCAUGUGGUGCAGCACUUCCUUGAAGGCUGGAGAUGGUUUCACCAACCUGACCCAUUGGUCUGAUUUGGUCGAAGCAGGCCAUGCUGAGUCCCUUAAGGUAUGCCUUUUGACUGUUCGUUUCUUCCUUUUCAUAACAUUUUUUGGAUUUGUUCUUACUGCUGUUUCUUUUUUCACAGGCCGGUACAUACUAUCACUGGGCCUUCCUAGCAGCUGAACGGGAGAUGACCCUCCUUCAUCAGGAGCUGGACGAGAGCCAAACCCUUUUGGCUGCUGCUAGGAAGAUGGCUGCAGAUCUCCAAGAUCGAGCCAACAAGGGUGACAAAGCCAGGGAGGAGCUGGCCGAACUGGAGCAGAGGCUCCAACGACGCGAUCGGGAAAUCCGUGAUCUGCGUGCCAAGGUGAAGGUUGCCGAAGCUGCUGGCCUGAAAAUCGAGAAGGCCAAGGGGGAUAAUCCCCCUGCCCCCUAUGCCGCCGAUGUUUCAAAAAUCACCACGAAGGCAGUGAUUGACUUCCAAAGGGGGAAAGGCCUGAACCUCGCCUUGGAGAAUACUGCUCGGGAGUUCCUUGGCAAGCAUCUGGGCGAAUUCUUAGAGAGGAGCAAGGACCCAUUACAUGAUGGCCUCAAGCUUCUUGAUGAGACCCCGUCCGGCACAGCCUUCGCCAAUGCUCUAGCAAGGGACACCCUUGUUAAGUGCCAGGAUAUGCUGGUCGACCGGAAUCUGGAGGUGAUCAAGGAAUCGUUCGAUGAGCCCUUCGACCCCAAGGAGGAAGGUUUCGAUCCCUUAUUCUGCCGUGCUUAUCAACGGGUGAUGGAGAAGAGGCAGAAGGCCAAAGAUUCAGCCACUCCCCCGAACUCCAACCCGGAUGCCGUGCCGGACAAGGAUCCUCCCGUAGCUUAGUUAUCAUGUAUAAUUCCCGGACAGUAGUACCGAAGAAUAAAGAUUGAUCUUUUUCCGAAUGACUUGCUUCCCGAACACGCAUUUUUUUUUUUUUGAACUCAGCAUCAUGAUUGAGACGUAAGCUGUUCGGCCUGUUUCUGAUCACCAAAGUUGAGGUGCAAGCUGUUCGGUUGAUCUCCGCCGGUUGUUCUUUAUUUCCUGAACGCACAAGUCACCAGUGUAAUGCUUGCUGCGCCCCUGAGCACCAUGUUUCAGAUGCAUGCCGUCUGGUUUAUUACCGUCGACUGGUUGUUCCCUGAACGCGUAAGUCAUCAAUGUUAAAUGCUUGCUGCGCCCCCGAGCACCAUGUUUCAGAUGCAUGCCGUCUGGUUUAUUCCCACAGACGGCGCCAAUGUUGAGGUUUAUUCCCGAACGAUCCGAAAGCCCAACACAAGCCUUGGAUAUUGUAGGGAUCUUGGGUAAGGUUGAAAUGUGUGUAAAAUAUAAAAUAGUGAAAUGGUAUCCAACUCAAGAACUUACUUUUAUUUAGUAAUUAAGCAAUUACACUGAAAGUACCCGAACGGUAGCUGAAUAUGAGAUUACAAGGAUGGGAGAUGUAAAUCUAUCGUUAAGUUCUGAGUAUUUUUUAUCCCCUCCUCUUACAAUGAUCUAAACAUGGAUAUUUAUACUGAAAUGGGGAUGGGUAAGGUGGACACGUGGUGGAAUCUGGUAGGCUAUCACCUCUGCCAUGUAAGCACCCAUGCCCCCACUUGCUGCCGCCAUGAUCCAGCAUUAAAUGCGGCCUUUACUUGAUGGUUGCCCGUUCGGGCAGGGUGUUCGGUGUGUGGGACCCCGUCAUAGGUGUUAUCCUGCUUAGGAACACAUCCCGAACGCCGAUCGGUAUCUCCGCCAUAGGUGAUUUGGCAUAAUUGUUUCCUGGAAUGUUCCAAGUAUAACUUUUAUCCCGAAUGCCGUUCGAGAGUUCUUUUGGACUGCCUUGGGCCCGCUGUUUCUUCCUGGAUUCGGGCCUAGGGAUAUUGGGCCUGGACCCAAUAUCCCAACACUGACCAUGAAUGGUCCCCUAAAUUAAAACACGUCACCGGGCUACGCCCUUGCGAGACGCUUCAGUCAAUUUGGGCCGACCGGUAAUGGACCGUCACACUCGGUCAAACCAAGCAUUUAAUUAACAUGUUGGUGAUUUUAUUAAUAAAACUCCGUUCGGCACUAUUCUAUUCGGGAAUUUUAAUCCCUAAUACCUGUCAUUAAAACUUAAAAUGACAGCGAAUAUCUAUCAUUGAAGCUUCCCUCGACAAUAUUUAACUCGGGAUAUUCUAAUCCCUACUAAACAAAUCAUGGCGACGUGUAACUAAUAGUAAUAUUACUACAUCACUUCAUUUAAUAUUUUCAUGGAUGUACCGCCAAUGCCGAACGGGCCCAUAAGUGAUUUUCAAUUUUAAAAUACGUCAUCGGGCAACGCUUGGUGAGAUGUUUCAGCUAAUUUGGGCUGAUUGGGGGUGGACCGAUAUGCCCAGUAAAACCAAUCAUUUAAUUAAAAAAUGAUGGUGAACUCAUUACUAGAGUUUCGCUCAGAUAAUAUUUAACUCGGGAUAUUUUAAUCCCUAUUAAACAAAUAAUGGCGAUGUGUAAUUUACUACAUCAAGUCAUUUAAUAUUUUUAUGGAUGUCCGGCCUCACCGAGCGGGUCCGCAAAUGCUCCGACCGCUAAUUAAGGCUGAUCAGGGUAAGCCAAUAGCCCCCACUACAACCCAUCAUUUUAUUUUUUUUUUAAAAAAAUGACAGAGUACUUAUCACCCGAGCCUCGCUUGGUAUUUAUUUCACCCGGGAUAUUUUAAUCCCUGCUAAAUAAUGGUGAUGACAACUAUUCCCAACAAUACUAUUUGAAAUUAAUUAGCAAGUGAGAAAAUUGUGAUUCUUAGCUGGAUAGGCUGAAUUUCAGCUGUCAGGCCAAUAAAUUUGGCCCGAUUAAGAUUAACUUGACAAGGAUAAUUCGGCCUCACGGUCCAUCACAUUGGCUCUAAUUUGACCGAUCGCAUCUGCAUCCGGCCCAUGCCAUCUAGUAGUCCAGAACCAACUAGGCCCAUAGGUUCUCCCUUUUGCAGUCAUGAGGCCUUAGUCGAUCGGCAAUUCCCUGUUCGAACUUGUGGGAAGAUUCGCGAACGGGCAUUCCUUACCAGAUGGGAAGAUUCGCGAACGGGCCUUAGUCGUACUGGGUCCUCAGUGAAAGGGAACAACGGCCAAGGAUGUACGGCGUUCGGGCUACUGUGCGACGUGGCUGUUCGGGAGAUUCCGGAUGGCAGAAUCUUGGGCGGUUAUGCUUAUUUAGCUGAUGCCUUCUGGAGCCCUCAAAAUCGCGAACCAGUGCCGGUCAGGGAGGCAGCUCGAAGGUGAUUCUCUACCGAAAUUAAGGUGGCAGAAAAUCUGGGUGUCCUGUGAGCACUUGCCCGAACGGGGUAUGUAGAAAUUUGAGCCCGUACUGAAGCUGUGUAGCUUCGCAGGAGCCCCUGGGUGUUCUUGGGUGAUUUUGAUGCGCUGGGAAAUUCCUACCCGGACGGCAACUUUGCCUUCAUCGGCUGUUUACUCAUGACGGUGCCGGCCAUAAUUAGGUGGCCAGGGAUUCACCUUCCUCGGCAGUUCGUCGUCCGUCGUUAUCACCCGAACAAAAGCGAUUACCAUGUUGGGGGCGGCUACCCCGAAGACUGUUCGGGGAUGUGGCUUUGCCAAUCGAGUUACCAGGAGCAAGUUACAUAUUGCUACUGGUCAGAAUUCCCGUUCGAGCCAAUCAGGCAGGUUCUUGGAGUUCCCGUUCUGGACGGUGAACUGGUAGCAUGGGAUUCCCGUCGUUUCCAGCCAUUUGCUCUGGCGUUCGGGGAGCUUCCCGUUCGGGAAGGCGGCGGCGUUAAUCUUUUGGGUAAAUAUUAAUCUGUCAAAUCACUAAACAAUUGUCAGGCUUUAGGCAAGUUAGUGGAUUUUCGGGUCCCACUCCUCAUUUUCCUCAAUCAUCAGUAGUUCCAGGUACGUAGUAGCAAUUCUCUUUGGCCCCUCCUGCUUCGGCCUUAACAUUUACUUCAGGAUGUGGGUCAACUAUGUCCAUGGACAAGCUACUGGAGUCUUUCGAAUGGGUUUGGAGGUCUUCCCCCUUCCAUCGUCGUUGACUGGCGAGUUAGCUACGUUGGAGCAGAUCUGAAAUUCCAAUUCCACCCUUUGUGGUCGGGAAACAGCUCAUCUUCGACGGCAAAUUUUUGUAGAACACGAACAUGAUCUUUUCAUUCUUUUCCCACAUAUUUAUUCCCGUAGAUCCGAAAGCCCAACAUAAACUUCGGAUAUUAGGGACGAUGGAUUCGGUAUAAAAGUGAAUAAUAAAUAUAAAAGGUGUAUGAACUAGCCAUUUUUACGUGGAAACCCGGAAAGGGAGAAAACCACGGGACUUUUUAGGCUAACGUCCAAGCCCGCUCUUUCUCAUUAAUAUCCUCCCAUCACUCAAUACAUAUUUUGCACUCCAUUAAUGGAGGUUCAACAAGCUUGCUAAUCUCUAAAGAAGAAAUACAGUGAAUGAAUGUAUGGGGGAGGAGAGCCA